AUGAGCGACGACCAGAGUGCGGAAUGGACGUUGACGUUGCGGCAAGUGUUUCAGGACGUGCAGCUCCAGGCCGUCGAGAGCAGUCGCUACGUCCGUCACGCACCAGGUGCCGCGCAUCAGCAGACGCUUGUCCCGGCCGUGCGCCGUCUCCAGACGCUCUUCCGUGACGAAGUGAGCGACGGCAAGCGCCACGUGGUCGAAGAGUCGUUUGCCCUGUUUCUGGACGAGAUGUGGGUAGGGGUUGCGAGAGUGAUGGUCACGUCGAAAGUCAGUGACGUCGUCGUGAUCGCGAUUGCAUCCCUCGUGGGCGCCUUUCUACACUGGCAACAGACCAAGAGCAAGGCGUGGAAAGGCACGGCCGAGCUGCGGGCCGAGCUGCUCAAGCGCCUGGUGGACGCGACUGCAGCUGAAGAUCGCGGCGUGCGGCUGCGCGCGUGUCACAUGUUGCAGCUCGUUGUCAACUCGCUGGAUCUGGCCGACGAGGACGCGGUUGUCGUGUCGCAGCUGCGACACGCGAUGGUACGACGACUGCGGGACAAGUUGACGUCUGUUCGUAUUCAGAGUAUUUAUGGGCUGAGGAAACUGCAGCAUAAACAAGUGGAAGGAGAGGGAGAGGAGACUGAGGACGAGGUGACUCGGGAGCUCCGGACGCUCAUGGUGGCCGACCCUUCCAAAGAAGUCCGGAAGGCUGCGCUGCUUAGUGUGGCGGUAAGCAAAACGACGUAUCAGGACUUGCUGGUCCGCAUCCGUGAUACGAGCGAAGACGUGCGCUUUGCUGCGUUCCAUACCAUUGGCACGGAACUGCCGUUAGCGAAGAUUCCGAUCCACGAUCGAGUCCAUUUGCUGGAUCAAGGUCUGCAAGACCGUGCGGCGCGCGUGAGACGGGCUUGUGAGCACAUGGUGCUUGGCAAAUGGUUCUUAGAGUGUGAUUCGUCGCCGAUGGUGCUGCUUAAGGCAUUGGAAAUCGAGCACUGUCCUACGAUUGGAUCGAAGGUGUCGCAUUUACUUUUGAAGCACUUUUCGGAGCAGCCGCAAGCGAUGUUGGGAAAUCAAGGCGUCGUCGAGUUUAACGCGUUGGAGUUGUUGUCGGAGAAUAGCGACGCGUUCAAUGCCGAGAGCAUCUUCUUUUGGAAAGAGCAAUGUUACUACUACCAGAAGAUCGACAGUGAUCCAGAUAAGGCCGCGGCUCUUGUACCGAACGUGUCAGAUUUCAGCAAAUUGCUCGUGACGACUUGCAAAGCCCAGAGUGAUGUCCUCUUCAUCGCGCAGCAAUUGCUAGAAUUCGGGCAUCUGUUGGACUUUCAAGAUGAGUUUGGACGACGCACUUUACUGGAUUCCCUGCAGAAAUUACUGUGCGAUUUGGAAACUGACAGCAUGUUGAUCAGAGGCAUCAUGGAGUUGAUGGCAUUUGUAUACUCCGGAAGCUCGGAGCAAGAGUUUAUCCAGGUCGUUGCUGAAAUUAUCUCUGACAUGUACGAUUCUGUGGAGGCAAACACUCAAGAAAUUUCUCCACUGCAGCACGAAGGCUCGGAGCUUCCUCCUUCGCAACAGGAGCUACUGACUGAAAAUGAGGCUCUAGCGCUCAAUUUCGGUCCUCAGUUGCAGAAACUGAGUGAAGAAGAGCGUGAAGCAGCUGAAAUCAAGUUUGAGGAGCUAGAAAAGCACUUGGAAACGCUUGAGUUCGAUUCGGAGGAGUACAAUGAGGUUCAGGCGGAGAUGUUGAAACUGGAGGCGAUCUUGCAGGACCCGAGGGUGCUUAGCUGGCUUCGGUGCCUCGAAAUUGUCGCUCAGCUACUCAAGUUGACGUCCCACAAUUUAGGUGAUCCUAUCGUGGAGGGAAUGGCUCGUUACAUUUUGCCUGCAAUUGAUAGCGAUGUGCCGGCGCUGCGUGAAGCUGGUCUGGAGAAUCUUGGACUGUUUUGUCUGCUUGACAAGCGUGUCGCGGAGCGUUAUCUGGUUGUGUUUUGGCGUGCAUUGAAUAACCCCGACGAAGAGAGCGAGGUCAAGCACACGUGCGUCCAGGCGAUCCUGGAUACGACGUUUAGUUUCUCAAAUCUCAAGCCACAUAUUUUUGGUGCCAAGCCAGACGAGUACAGCAGUGACGCGGAAGGAGAAAAAGACGCCAAUACUGCUGAUCAGAAUGGGGCUCAGAAUGAGGACGAUGUGAGUACAAAUGAAAGGGUGGACCACGAUAAAGAAAAAGACGAAGACAAGGAGAAGGACGACAAAGCGAGGCUAGCAGCAGCAGCUUCUGAAAGGCUGGAUCUUGACACCGUGUUUAUUGGUCUGGCGCAACUGAUUGUCGUGGAUGACUUGGAUCUCCAAAGUACUAUUGUGGAAGGCUUUUGUCGAUUGUUUAUGAUGAAUCGGAUCGAUAAUGUUACAGUGCUGGCUAUCGUGCUCGAGACGUACUUUAGUCCGGAGCUUCAGAAUGUGCAGAAGCUUAGCGAACACGGCUUCCAGUCACGCUCGCUCCAGCUACUAAGCAUCUUCUUCCCGGCGUUUGUGAUGGCGACGGCAGCAAAUUGUAUGCUGCUGGAAGAGGCCGUCACGCAUUUGAUCCAAAAGUCGAUGGAGAAGGAAGAUAUGGAGAGCGAGUCGAUGCUCGACUUGGGUGCUUGCGCAAAGUAUGUCAUGCAUCUGUUGAGCCACAACAAACAGGAAGAAGAGGCUGCAAUGCAGGCGUCGAGCAAGAAACAGAUGAAGAAAGCGGGGAAACGCCACUGUGCGCACCACAACCGAAUCGGCAUCACGAUCUGUCUGGAAAUGCUAGCGCUGGGAAAAGUGGCCGCGCUUCCAUCUAUUCACCAAGACGUUGUGACGACGCGGCAUAAGGCGCUUCUCAAGAUGAUUGUCUGGGUAGACAUCACGCUUGACGAACAACGAUCAGCCGCUUUGUUCAAGUACUUGUUGCAAGAAGCGACUUCGUCAUGUUUUAAGUCUCAGAAGGGAUUGCUGCGAAGUGCGGAGGCCGUGUUGAAACGCAUUGCCGCGAGCUUUGCGGAACAAAGCACGAGCCAAAGCGGUGGUGACCAGCAGGCAGCGGCUCUAGAACAGGAUCAGGCAUGGGCUCACGGUCUCGUAGCAGAACGUGAAGAAGUGCUGCGCAAGGUGCUCGUGACAGCAAGUGCUGAGCGCGAAAAAUGGCUGAAGAAGCAGGAGAGAGAGAAGAAAGCCCAGCGACGACGGACAGCACGGUACGUCUCAUCUGACUCGAGCGACUCGGGUGAGAGCGAAGAAGACGGCACGAAUGUGCCAGCGACUGCACCGGUACGUCGGGAGCUCUCGUCUCGCCGAAGUAAGACUGCGGCGGUGAACCGCAUGCAAGAGAAGGAAGGCGAGUUUGAUGCCAAGAUAAAGCAGGCGCUGCUGACUGACAAUGCGGACCCAGAGGAAGACGAGGACGAGUAUGACGAGAGCGAGAGCGAGUCCGAUGCUGAAGGAGAAGAGGACGACGAAGAAAAUGAAGAAGAGGAAGAGUCUGCAGCCGAAGACGCUUCAGACGACGGAAACUGA